AUGAUUAAACAAUUAGGGGUUGGCAUCGGUAGUACAGCCAAUGAAAUUGGCCGACAGCAAAUGUACAGCGAAUUGGAGUGUUUAGUGGCUAAGUAUUUAGGAGUUGAAGACAAUAUGGAUGACUUGGAGAGGAUUGUGAGGAACAGUAUAAUUGAAGGACAGCCUAAGACACGGCGAGAGUGGCGUAAAAUCAUGAUUAUUGUCGAAGGCAUCUAUAGUAUGGAGGGAACGAUCGUAUCGUUGCCGCGAAUCUUACAAAUCAAGAAGAAAUACAAAACUUACUUAUAUUUAGACGAAGCGCAUAGUAUCGGUGCUUUGGGAUCCCGGGCCAAAGGAGUUUGUGAUUACUAUGGGUUAGAUCCAAAAGACGUGGACAUAUUGAUGGGAACGUUCACCAAAUCGUUUGGCGCUUCCGGUGGCUAUAUCGGAGGCAAUAAACGUCUCAUCGAUUACUUGCGCCAAAAGAGUGCCGACUUUUAUUACGCAAAUCCUAUGUCUCCGCCGGUUAUGAGACAAAUAUAUUCAGUAAUCAAUGAAUUGAUGCAAACAAAUGACAGUCAAAGCAAUGCUUCCCAAAGAGUACAACGACUUCACAGAAACACCACUUAUUUCAGACAAAAACUCAAAGAUUUGGGUUUCCAUGUGGACGGACACACAGACUCCCCGGUCAUCAUUCUGCUCGUAUACCUCGAGUCACCCCUUAAAUGUCUUAUGCGCCGACUGUUUGAGUGCGGGAUAGGAGUGGUUGGCGUCUCCUUUCCGGUCACUACUCUAUUGGGAGCAAAGGCUCGCAUCUGUAUGUCUGCCUCCCAUUCCCUGCAAACCAUUCACUAUAUCAUCGAUUGCUUGGAUCGCAUCGGAACUGAUUUACACAUUAAGUAUAAUUAA